CCAGUUUCCUAGUGAUUGGCCCAAAGUCACCCAACUGGCUUUCAUAUCUAAGAUGGAACUAGAACUCCCACUUCCCAUCCUGGUGCCUUAACCACUAGACCAAAUGUGCUAUCUUAAUGUUUUUGACACCCUGUUUCCAGGGGAAGCAAGUAGCAGAGGAUGGGGGCUGUGGCUGGAAAGGCCUGUUGGCUUAAUACAAGCCUCAUAUACUGUAUCUCUCAAGAGUAUGAAGUUCUGAGCAGGCCAUCCCUGGGUUUCAGACCAGCCAGGCAAAGUUGAAUGCAGAUCACUAAAGAGGCCAUUUAUGCUUGGAGCUGCAUCUAUGCCCAGUAAGUAAAUAAACAAAUUAAUUCUGCUUUGUCUUACUGUGUGGCAUCAUAUAAAAACGGGAACAGCCAACAUCACACUGAAUUCCUCUCUGCAUCAGCCUGAGCUCUCUGGCAUGGAGUAGAAAGGGACUUUUUAGUUCCAUAGAAGUUGAGAGAAGAAAGAUUGUUUUCCUCUACCUUAGAACCAAAGGACAGAGCCAGUGUGAUGGUGUGAGGGUGAAGGCACCAGCUAGAAAACAGAGGAUCCUGAGUUCUAGUCUUGCUUUUGGGCCAGUCAGUCCCUCAGCCCUAGGAAGAAAGCAACGGCAAGCCACUUCUGGAAUCUUGCCAAGAAAAUGGCAGGGACUUGUCCAGGAAUCAACACUGACAUGAAAAUGCAGACACACACACACACACACACAGAACCAAAAUAGCUUUCUAUGACUGGGAAGGGUUCUAGAUCCACAGCAGAGAAUUUAGAAGGUCCUACGUUCAACCUCAACAUGUCCACCAAGGGGAAAUGGCUUAUCCACCACCAGCCCAGAAUCGGUCAGUUGCUGUCUAUGGUCCUGAAUGAAAUGGUUUGCUGAGUACCACUAAAGAUAGAUACAAUAAAGGAUCCUUAUACCUAUUAUUACACAUGCUAACAGCAGCAAGAUUAGUCUUUGCACAGAGAUGGAAAGACAGUGAGACACCCUCAGAAGAAGCGGUAAUAAAUAAGAUUGUAUCCUGUGCUGAAAUGGACAGGUUGACGUUAGAACUUAAGGAUAAGAGUGAAACAGAUUACUACGAAAUCUGGAACAAAUUGUAUGAUUGGUUGUGGGGAAACAGAGGGGAAAACGCUCCGAUUCAACGAAACACAUUGAUCAAGCAUGAUACUGAUUAAAGGGAAAAUAUUUAAAUAUUAAAGUGAAAAUUAAGACUAUUGACGACGGGAACUAUCGGAGAGAAUAUCUAUGGGAAAAAGAAAAAAGAAACAUUUGUGUGAAUACGUGGAUUAUGGAUUGUAGAUAUUGUUGACGAUUUUCCUUCGUAAACGUAAGCCAGGCAAACACAGUGUUAAUCAACUAUGAUGUGAUUUAUGUUUUAAAAACCAAUAAAGUUUAUUUAAAAAAAAAGGAAGAAGAAGAAGAAGAAGAAGAAGAAGAAGAAGAAGAAGAAGAAGAAGAAGAAGAAGAAGAAGAAGAAGAAGAAGAAGAAGAAGAAGAAGAAGAAGAAGAAGAAGAAGAAGAAGAAGAAGAAGAAGAAACUGCUUGAAGGGCCACCCCAGAGUUAUCCCAACAAGGGAAAGCCGACACCGAAAUCAGGCCCCCCUCCGAAAACAGCUGGAUUUCCCCUCCCAUCGUUCCCAGAAGGAGGGCCGGGGGUCCAACUCAUCUGUGGGGCAUCUGCCUGGGAAAGAGAGCCGUGGGGCAUCUGUCUCGCCUUGGGCCAUAAUUGGCAAUGGGGACCGGGGACCUGCUGCCAGAUCUUUUCUAAACCAUUCGGUAGCGAUGGUGGGAAGAGGCGGAGGAGCGUCUCUUCGGGGCUAUACGGUACUGCUGCUGCUGCUGCCAGCGGUGAUGAGUCAGACAGUUCGGUGCUGCUGCUGCUGCCGCUGCCAUCCUCCCCUCGCCUGCAUCUCCAUCUUUCGAGCAUCUUCCUCGCUCGGCUGCAAAGGGGGCCGCGCCGACUCGCUCGCUCGCUCGGCUGACACGCGAGGGGGUCGUGGGAACGCGCCCGGUCCCCAAUCGGGCCGCCCCCACCGUCGCGGGCCGAAGACCUUGACGCACGAAAAAAAAGGGGGGCGGCGGGGGGGGGGAAGGCAGCGAUCCUCGCUUAGCGCAUCCGCCGGGCCCGCCUCCUUCGGAGCAUGCGUCCCGCUCCCCGGACCGCGUUCAGACGCGCCUGGCGACCCGUGACUCGGGCCCGGCGGGUUAGCAGCGCCUCCGCGGGGUCUCGGCGCUGAAGGUGCCCGGGGGGAGGAGGGAGGGGUCUUUUCUCCCCCCGCGCGGUGGCGAGUGGGCCGCUUUGCGGGAAGGGCUCGGCCCUGAACGUGGGAAAGCCUCCCCCGGUCCCCCGCCCGCGAAGCCGGCCGGGCUGAGCGCAUCCCCGCUCGAGGAGAAGAGAGAAGGAGGAGGAGGCCGGGCCGGUGCCUCCAGCCUCUGCCGGGCUUCCCCGCCAGGCUCGCCCGCUCGGAGCGCCGAAGGGCCCUUCCUUCCCCCGGCGCUGAUUCCCCCGCAAGAGGCGAUCGGGGCGGCCCCGGCGAGGAAAAGCAGGCGCCCCCGAGGCGCAGAGGCCGGUGCGGGCACCGCGCGCCCCUCCCAGCAGCAGCAGCAGGAUCGGGCCCAGGAUCGGCCUCCUCCUCUUCCUCGGCCUCUGCCGGGCUCCGCGCCGGGCGCCCCCGAGCCGUCCCUGCAGCCGCGGCGCUGCUUCCCGGAGCUCCGAAGGCGUCGGCGGCCUCAGGCCUCUGCUUGGCCGGCCCUGGCUGACGAUGGAGGCCAUUUGGCUCUACCAGUUCCGCCUGAUCGUCAUCGGCGACUCGACGGUGGGCAAAUCCUGCCUGAUCCGCCGCUUCACCGAAGGGCGCUUCGCCCAGGUCUCCGACCCGACCGUGGGCGUGGAUUUCUUCUCGCGCCUGGUGGAGAUCGAGCCGGGCAAAAGGAUCAAGCUGCAGAUCUGGGACACCGCCGGCCAGGAGAGGUUCAGAUCCAUCACGAGAGCCUACUAUAGGAAUUCCGUCGGUGGCUUGCUCCUCUUUGACAUUACCAACCGCAGGUCCUUCCAGAAUGUCCACGAGUGGCUGGAGGAGACCAAGGCCCACGUCCAGCCUUAUCAGAUUGUCUUCGUUUUAGUGGGCCACAAAUGUGAUCUGGACACGCAGCGGCAAGUCACCCGACAUGAGGCCGAGAAGCUGGCCCUCGCCUACGACAUGAAGUACAUUGAGACCUCGGCCCGGGAUGCCAUCAAUGUGGAGAAGGCCUUCACUGACCUGACUCGAGACAUCUAUGAACUUGUGAAAAGGGGGGAGAUAAGCAUCCAGGAGGGCUGGGAAGGGGUCAAGAGUGGCUUUGUCCCCAACGUAGUGCAUUCUUCGGAAGAAGUGGUGAAGUCAGAUAGGAGGUGCCUGUGCUAACUGGGGAGUCCCCGUGAGAAGGAAGGAGGCUGACUCUUUGAGUAGCCCCAACGGGUUCCAUUCUACUCCACAAACUUGGUGGGAAGGCGGAGAAGGUGCGGUUCGGGAGGCAAAGCACCAGCGCUUGGACUGCUGGAGGACAAAAGCCCCAAAGGAGGCCACAACCCCAUUAUGUACGAAUCAAUCCGGAUGCAUGUUAAUGUGGUAGCGAUAAGGCCAUGGGAGUCUGGAAAACUGGGUAGGGUUAGUUGACCUCAGUGGGUUUUAUGUACCCUGGUUUAAAUAGAUUCAUAUAUCACCGCUUUUCUUUCUUUUUCUUUUUAAGCCACAGUCCAAGUCGCCUGCAAUUAGGAAGCGUAUUUAGAAAAAGAACAAGGAAAGAGACCGAAAUCAUAGCUUUUCCAGGAACCGUAUGCUUGCUACCUUUUAAGAAUCACCAGGGCUGAAAUAAUAAUAAUUAUAAAGGGCUUGCUGCAAUAGAAAUUAAACAAGUGAAGACACUGCAGAGCCACUAAAACUGAAGCCAGAGAGACCGUUACUUUAUUAGGAGUUGGAUGUCGCAGAAGUUUCCCGGAAUUUGAUAGUUCAGGUUCCACUAUUAAUCUGGGAAGAUCUCACCAGCUGAUUUGGCAGGGUCAACAUUUAUUGGUUCUUUCUGAGGUGCACAGCCACGUUCCUUCAAAAGCCCUCGUGCUCCCCCCCCCUUAUUUUUCUCCAGAAAAGCAGCCCCAUGAAGAAAGUUGGGAGUGAUUGGCCCAGAGCCAAAGUCAUCCAUGGUUGAGGGGCACUAGAAAGACUCUGGGUGUCCCUGGCCCUAGCCCAACGCUUCAACCAUUAAGAAUAGCCAUACUGAUUCGCAAUCCUGAAAGGAUUCCCAGGAAAAUAUUUGCUAACGGCUCUACGAGUUGGCUGUGCAACCCUUUCCAUUUUAAUUAAUUUGCUUUAAUUAAAGUAGAAUUACACACA